AUGGACAGGAGCUCCCUGCUGCAGCUCAUCCAGGAGCAGUUGGACCCAGACAACACUGGCUUCAUUGGCGUGGAGACCUUCACCGGCCUGGUGCACAGCCAUGAGCUGCCACUGGACCCUGCUAAGCUGGACAUGCUGGUGGCACUGGCCCAGAGUAACGACCAAGGACAGAUCUGCUACCAGGAGUUGGUAGACCUGAUCAGCAGCAAACGCUCCAGUAGCUUCAAGCGGGCCAUCACCAAUGGGCAGCGUGCCCUGCCGCGGGAUGGACUACUGGAUGAACCAGGCCUUGGUUUCUACAAGCGCUUUGUGCGCUACGUGGCCUAUGAGAUCCUACCUUGUGAGAUGGAUCGCCGAUGGUACUUCUACCAGCACCGAACCUGCCCACCCCCAGUCUUCAUGGCCACUGUCACACUCACACAGAUCAUCGUGUUCUUGUGUUAUGGGGCUCGAUUGAACAAGUGGGUGCUGCAGACCUACCACCCUGAGUAUAUGAAGAGUCCUCUGGUGUACCACCCUGGCCAUCGUGCUCGAGCCUGGCGAUUUCUCACCUACAUGUUCAUGCAUGUCGGGCUGGAACAGCUGGGCUUCAAUGCUCUCCUACAGCUCAUGAUUGGCGUGCCCCUGGAGAUGGUGCAUGGGGUGCUUCGGAUAGGUUUCCUUUACUUGGCAGGCGUGCUGGCAGGUUCCCUGACAGUCUCUAUUACAGACAUGCGGGCCCCUGUGGUAGGAGGUUCAGGCGGGGUCUAUGCCCUCUGUUCUGCCCAUCUGGCCAAUGUUGUCAUGAAUUGGGCUGGCAUGCGCUGCCCCUACAAAUUGCUGAGAAUGGUGCUGGCGCUGGUGUGCAUGAGCUCAGAGGUGGGCCGGGCUGUUUGGCUCCGCUUCUCCCCACCCCUGCCUGCCUCAGGCCCUCAGCCCAGCUUUAUGGCCCAUCUGGCGGGCGCCGUCGUGGGCAUCAGCAUGGGCCUGACCAUCCUUCGAAGCUACGAGGAGAACCUGCAGGACCAGUGUGGCUGGUGGGUGGUGUUGCUCUCCUACGCCACCUUCCUCCUUUUUGCCAUCUUCUGGAACAUCUUCGCCUAUGACCUGCUGGGGGCGCAGGUCCUGCCUCCCCCCUAGUGCCCCAUGAAAGUGCCAACACCGCCACUCUGGUGCCACCAUCUGCCAG